AUGGUGGUGUCCCACGAGGCGGGAGGGACCUGCCAGGAUGGAGGGAGGAAAGCUCCCUCUCACGUGAUUUCCGCUUCCUCCUACCGUUCCUCGUGCUGUUUUUGGGUUCUCCGGGUCGCUUCUGAGCUCGGGGAGACGCAGAGGAGGAUGGGGACGAAGCCGCGGCUGAGCUGGGAGGAGUCAGUGACAUUCAAGGAUGUGGCUGUGGACUUCACCCAGGAGGAAUGGGAUCACCUGGACCCUUCUCAGAAGGAGUUGUACAGAGAUGUGAUGCAGGAGAACUAUACCAACCUGGUUUGCUUAGGACUUGCAGUUUCCAAGCCAGAUGUGAUUUACCAACUAGAGCAAGGGGGAGUGCCAUGGAGGGCAGAGGAAGAAGUCCUAAGAUGGAGCUGCCCAGUUUUGGCUACCAAGCCUGAAGCCAAGGGAUUAUUUCCAAACCUGGUCAUUUCCAUCGAACAGUCAGCUCAAGAAAGGCUCACAAGGCAGGGUCUCUGUGCCUCCAAGACAACUCGUACUGAAAAGAAACCCCAUAAAUGUAACGAAUGUGGGAAGGCCUUCUGUAACAAGUCAGCACUUGCUCGACAUCACCUUAGUCAUACUGGAGAAAAACCUUAUGAAUGCACUGAAUGUGGGAAGGCCUUUUCCCGAAAGGCAGGACUCGCUCAACAUCAUCGUCUUCAUACUGGAGAGAAACCUUAUCAUUGUCUGGAAUGUGGGAAGGCCUUCUCUUGGAAUGGAGAACUUACUCAGCAUCAGCGUAUUCAUACUGGAGAGAAGCCUUAUGAAUGUAAGGAAUGUGGCAAGUCCUUCCGACAGAGCACACAGCUUACUCAACAUCACCGGGUCCAUACUGGAGAGAAACCUUAUCAAUGUAAUGAAUGUGGGAAGGCCUUCCGUCUGAGCACACAACUUACCAGACAUCAUACAGUUCAUACGGGAGAGAAACCUUAUGAAUGCAGUGAAUGUGGAAAGGCCUUCCGCCAGGGCACACAACUAACUCAACAUCUUCGUAUUCAUACUGGAGAAAAACCUUAUGAAUGUAGUGAAUGUGGGAAGGCCUUCCACCUAAGCACAUUGCUUAUUCAACAUCAGAAAAUUCAUACUGGAGAGAAACCUUAUAAGUGCAGUGACUGUGGAAAGGCCUUCCUCCAGAGCAUGCAGCUUACUAGACACCAGAAAAGUCAUACUAGAGAGAGAUCUUAUGAAUGUAGAGAAUGUGGGAAGUCCUUCUCCCAGAAGGCAGAACUUACUCUACAUAAACGUAUUAUUCAUACAGGAAAGAAAUCUUACGAAUGUAAUGAAUGUGGGAAGGCUUUUCACCUUAACACACUGCUUAUUCAACAUCUCUAUGUUCAUAGUGGUGAGAAACCUUAUGAAUGUAAUAAAUGUAGGAAAGCCUUUCAUCGAAGGACACUACUUAUUCAACAUCAACGUAUUCAUACUGGAGAGAAACUUUAUGAAUGUAUUGAAUGUGGAAAGGCAUUCACUUGGAGUGGAGAACUUACGCAGCAUCAGCGUAUUCAUACUGGAGAGAAACCUUAUAAGUGUAAUGAAUGUGGGAAGACCUUCCGACAGAGCACUCAACUUACUCAGCAUCAGCGUAGUCAUACUGGAGAGAAACCUUAUGAAUGUAAUGAAUGUGGGAAGGCUUUCUACCUGAGCACGCAGCUUACUCGACAUCAUACAGUUCAUACUGGAGAAAAGCCUUAUGAAUGUAAUGAAUGUGGAAAGGCCUUCCGCCAGUGCACACAACUUACUCAACAUCAGCGUAUUCAUACUGGAGAGAAACCUUAUGAAUGUAAUAUAUGUGGGAAGGCCUUCCGUCUGAGCACAAUGCUUACUCAACAUCAGAGAAUUCAUACUGGAGAGAAACCGUAUGAAUGCAUUACAUGUGGGAAAGCCUUCCGACAGAGCACACAGCUUGCUAGGCAUCAGAAAAUUCAUACCGGAGAGAGAUCAUAUGAAUGUGGUGAAUGUGAGAAGGCUUUUUCUCAGAAGGCAGAACUUGCCAUACAUAAACGUAUUCAUACUGGAGAGAAACCUUAUGAAUGUAAUGAUUGUGGAAAGGCCUUCCGCUUGAGCACACUGCUGACUCGACAUCAGCGUAUUCACACUGGGGAGAAACCUUAUGAAUGCAAUGAGUGUGGGAAGUCCUUCCGCCUCAGUACACAGCUUAUUAGACAUAAGAGAAUUCAUACUGGAGAGAAACCCUAUGAAUGUAAUGAAUGUGGAAAGGCCUUCCGCCUGAGGGUACUGCUUAUUCAACAUCAGAACAUUCAUACUGGCAAGAAGCCUUAUGAAUGUAAUGAAUGUGGGAAAGCCUUCCGACAGAGGACACUGCUUACUCGACAUCAGAGGAUUCAUACUGGGGAGAAACCUUAUAAAUGUAAUGAAUGUGGGAAGACCUUCAGCCAGAGUGCACAUCUUACCCAACAUCAGACAAUUCAUACUGGGGAGAAACCUUAUGAAUGUAAUGAAUGUGGGAAGACCUUCCGCCUGAGUGCAUUGCUUAUUCAACACCAGCAUGUUCAUACUGGAGAGAAACCUUAUAAAUGCAAUGAAUGUGGAAAGGCAUUUCCCAAGAGCAUGCAACUUAGUAGACAUCAGUGCCCAGGAGAAAAUAUAUGAAUGUAAUGACUAUAGGAAGCCCUUCCUCAGUAGAUCAUGUCCUCCUAUCACAUGAUUCAUACUGAAGAUAAACCUUAUGAAUGUAACAAGUGGAAGAGACUUCCAUGUAAGCAUACAUCUUCUUCAACAUAAUAGAAUUAUACUGAAGGUAAACCAUGUGAAUGCAGCAAUAUCUUCUGUUAGAACACAUACCUCUAUAGCCUCUCUAAUCUCCUCAAUGAGUAGGCUUCUCAAAUGAGUGAGACAAAUAUGUCUCUGCUAUAUAGGAAUCCAUCUCUAGUCCCAACCUUCAGACAGACAGGGAGACCACUGCUUUAUUGGAGAAAAUGCUACUCAUAUUGGAUUAUAUCAGUAUGAUCUCGAAUGUCCUAAGAGAAUUCUUGAGUGUCAGUAAGAACAUAGAUACUCCGCAUCUGAUAUGUAUGUAUAUGUAUAUCUGCCAAAUAAUAGUGGAGUGGCAGCUUUGAUUGGGACAACUUUCUCUUAUUCAAUAUACUGACAGUAUUGAAGGCACCAAACCAGAGUCAAUACCUGAAUAGCUGAUGAAGCAUGCCUCUUAUGUAGAAAUUUUCAGGAAGAUGGAGGCCAAAGGUAGAAACUCCCACCUCAAAAGCAGAUGUGAAGAAUUAAAAUUUUAGUAACUCUUUAAUGCCUGAGUAAUAGUAGUGCCUGAGUAAUAGAUGGAUCCUCUGAGGAAGAAAUUCAGCAUGAGCUGAAUGUUCUCAUUGCAGAAGUGAGUUGGGGGAGAAUAUAAUCAAAGAGCAAGGAAACCUGACCCCCUCAACAUCUGACUUUUUCAAGAAUGGUCUUGAAAAGUUGCCUUUUAUGAGAUGGAAGACAUCAGGAACAAGUUGAGAGAACUGUUAAGUCAGUAGUCUCAUAGAAUCCUACAAAAAGUAGUCCUCCAAAAGGAAGUCAAAGAUCUGAGUGUAUGAGUAUGGAUUAUUGGACUUUGAAGGAAAAGAAAGAGAGCUAAGAUGAAUCAGUAUGCAAUACCACAAUUUCAGGGUGCUCUGAAUGUGGCAGUUAAUAUCAGAAAAGACUAUGCCAUCAUCACAAAACCUCUCCAUGAUCUUGUUAGGUAUAUGGUUAAGAUGAAUAGAAAGCAGAAGGACAAAAAGGCACAAUGGGGCAACAUUUGGAAAUAAUUGGGAUGAGAAAUAUGAGCAGACUUUUAAAAAAUUUAGUCAUGCCUCAUGCAACAUCAUGAAUGUACUGAUGUUGAUUUUUGCAAACCCGAGGAAGUCCUUUAGGUUACGUGAUGAUGCCAACGUAAAAGUCUUGGGAAUCAUUUUAUUCCAGAAGAGCAGUAGUAACCAGAGCCAACUGUAUAUGCCAGUUAAGGACUUAACUGACCAUGAGACAUGCUCAUGUAUAGCAUGGAAUUCUUGCCUAUGAGAUGACUUUGAUAAGUAUUCAGACUGUAUGGGCAGCCCCAUUACACAGAAAAUGAUCUAUUGCCUUAUGUUUUUAUAAAUGCUAUGUAGUAUAUGCCUAUCAGGGAGUAGUAGAUACCUGAAGACAGGCUGGACUAAAGGCCAUGGCUCCACCUACUUAACCAGUUUCAGUAAAUGGCAUUCCUUGAAUGGAUUUUAUGGACUUAAUCUAGCUACCAGGGUCAUAGUGGGAGUUGAAAGCAGUUAUACUCAACACUACCACCUUACAUAUUUGAGUUCAAAGAGUGUCUGCUGAGAAGACAAAAAGGAGUGAAAAGAGACAUAAUUUAGGCCUUAGAUUUCUGUGGGCUGGUUUAGGUAUCUGUGAGUUUGAUCCGCAAAACCCAUAAAAUAAUUCCUGAGGUUGUGAACCAAAAGAGCUGAGUCACCAGCCCUUGCAAAAGAGGCCACAUGGUCCUGCCUUUCACUGAAGAAGCAGAAGUUGGCCACCAGGAACGAUAAUAUAGCUUCAUCAUCAGUACCAGAGCAAAGGCCACAUCAUUGAGGAGAACAGCCACUCACAGGCAGAAUGGGCUCACUCUUUGUCUAAGAGUUCACUUUAUCCAAGGACCUUAUUUAGGAGAGAGUAGAGCUUAACUCUCCCCUUGACUGUCUCCCCUGACUUAGUGAAUAGAUUGCUGGUCUUGAAGUCUAGAAAACUUGGGUUCAACUCCCGUUUCAGUCGAUUACUAGCUAUGUGACCCAGGGCAAGUCACAUAGCUUCACUUAACAGUACUUCAUAUGCUUCUUCCCCCGAUACCUGUUCUUCAUCUUCAUAGCCAUUCCCUCUACUCUUCAAUACUUUCUCCAUUCCAGUUCCCUUCUCUGAUUUCAGUUUCUUCCUGUGGCAUCCUCAACUCAAUAGUUAAUCAUUUCAACUCUACCUAAUCCCCUGCUCUUUAGUUCCUUGCCCACUUGUCCCAUAUGUGGGUCUUCUUUUGUCAGACUUCAGCGUUGGGUUAUUCGUACCGUCCACCUACUUACCAGCCACUGAAUGAAGCUAAGGGAAGUUUAGUAACUGGGUUGACUACAGAUCCAUGUUAUCAGACUUCAACUGGGCCCUCACCACAGCAAGGAAGUCCUUUUAUUGUUCCUUAAUUGGUUCUGUAUCUCACUCCCCGUAGAAGCUAAUCUAAUCUUUCUCUUCCCUGCUCAGAUCCCCUAUAUUCUACCUCCUUUCUCAGCUGUGGAGCUUAUCUUUUUAAUUGGAAAAUGGGGGCCCUUCAAUGUGAGCUUUAUUUUUUCAUUUUCUUAUUUCAGAACCCCUUGACGUCAUUGGCCAAUCUCUCUUUUUUCUUAGUCUCUUACAAAGAGGUGGCCCUUCUUGCCAAAACCAAACCAUCAUGUGUGUUUGAUCCUAUCCCUUUCCAUCUUCUCCAGCAAGUUGCAUCUUUAAUCUCAUCCUUCCCUUAGCUGCUGGUGCCUUCCUGACUACCUUCAAACAUGCCCAAGUGUGUCCUAUCCUUUAAGAACCUUCACUAGAUGCUAUCAUUCCCUUAAGCUAUCAUCCUAUAUCUCUCUUCCCUUUCUCAGCCAAACUCCUUGAAAAAGUAUCUACACUCAUUGCCUCCACUUACUCUUCACUUGCUCUUAAACACUUUCGACUUCAUCACUCAACUGAAACUUCUCUCUCUAAAAUUGUAAUGAUCUCUUAAUUGUCAAGUCUGAUAGGUCCACGAAGUCUAUAAAUUGCAUUUGGCAUUGCUGACAACCUUCUCCUUCUGGUCACUCUGUUCUCUCUAGGUUUUAAUGACAGUUAUACCUUUUAUUUAUCCUCUUUCAGUCUCCUUUGAUGACUCAUCAUCCACAUUACAACUCCUAACUCUGGUAGUUCCCUAAAGUUCUAUCAUGAGCCCUCUUCUCUUCAUCAUCUGUGUUCUCUUUCAUCAGCUCUCAUGUGCUUAACUGUCAUCUAUAUGCAGGUGACUCCCAGAACUAUGUAUAUCUAGUCCCAGACUCUCCCUUGAGCUUCUGUCCCACAUCACUAGUUGCCUCCUAGACAUUUCAAACCAGAUGCCCCCAGAGACACCUUGAGCUCAACUUAUUUAAAACACGUUGAACUUGUGUUCUUUCUCCCUAAAUCCUCCACCCUUUCAAACUUAGCUCUUACAAAAAUUAUCACCAGCCUUCCAAUGUCUCAGGUUCAUAAUCUUGACGUUAUUCUGGACACCUCACUCUCUCUCACCCCAUAAAUCCAGUGAAUUGCCAAGUGUUACAUUUCUAAAUUUACAAAAUAUGUCCCAUCAGACCCCUUUUCUUCAUUCACACAGGUACCACCUAAGUUCAAGCUUAUCCCUCUUCAUUUCCUGCCUGUAUUAUUAUAACUCCCCCCAAUUGGUCUUCCAGCCUUAAGACUUUUCCCAUCCCAGUCCAUAUUACACAUUGCUGCCAAAGAAUUUUCCUAAAAUGCAGAGCUGGCCAUGUGACUCUCUUAUGUGACCAAAUCCUAUUGCAUCUAGUAUUAAAAAAAAAAAUCCUUGUAUUUAGCUUUUAAAGCCCUUCAGAUCCUGUCCCCAACUUCUAUUUCCAACCUCACUGAAUAUUACUCUUCCUCUGCACUGUGUGAUCUAGCUAGACUGGCCUUCGCUCUUCCUUACUCACAGCACUCCAUCUCCAUUCUCCAUGCCUUUUUCAUUAGUCAUUCAUCCCCUAUACAUGCAAUUAUUCCCUCCUUGCCUAUCCCUCAGAGUCCUUUUCUUCCUAUAAGGUGCAGCUCAAGCACCAUCUGCUGCCCUGAGCCUUUGCUGAUUCCCCUAGCUGUUAAUGUCAUCCCUUUCAAACUGGCUGUAUUUCACUACUUUCCAUGUGUAUAUUAUUUCUUAACUUUAUAUUUGUGCUGUAUAUAUUUUUAUGUUUGCUGUCUCCUUCAUUAUAAUGUAAAGUUACCAGGCCUAAGGAUUGUUUUAUUCUUUGUGCUUGUAUAUAGCACCUAGCACAAUGCUUGUUACAUAGGAGUUGCUUAAU